AUUUCUAUGUGUCAAAAUACAUCGGAAGAUUUUUAUUCACGGUAUACAUUGAACUUGUGGAACUUCUAUUGAUAUCUUCUAACAUUUUAGGGUUAUUUGAAGUUGACUCUUCAGCUGUAACUCCUGUGAAUUAGAUUUUAAAAUUACAGCUCUUCAAAUGUUUAUCAGUGUAGUAAAUUUAAGAAAAUUCAUUUGGAAGUAAAAUGAAUUCCAAAGAUGGUGUAGACAGUUUGGGACUGCGUCAGAGCACAGUCGCAGAAAUUGCUUCGGAGUCAGAGAGUAGUAAUGACAAGUCUUCCUUGUCAAGUGAAAAUGAGAUUCAUGAAGGUCAAACUCUUAAUAUGAACACUUUGACAAAUCAUCAUAAUGUGAACUUGGACAAUGUGCAUGAGACCUUGAGUAACUGUACAAGGAUAAGCCACAAUUCUGCUGUGCGCAUAGGUGAUGGGGUGAAAGUAAGCAAAUCAGAAAGUUUGAAUGGGGAAGAACUAAGUGCUUCUGAAAAUGUAAGUAAAUUUCCUAGUGUCAAAGUUGAGCAACCUUCUGAAUUGACUAGUGAACCAAGUGAAGCAGUUGUGGGCAGUGAUAGGAAUAAUUUGGUGUGUAGGGUAAAGACAGAAGAUAUGGGCAUGUUGUAUGGAACAAGUGAGGACUCUGUCUCUGAUACUGAAACUGGUAAAGAAACUGAAACUGGUGGUGAUGGACAGGUAAAUCUAGAUGUAAGAAAUCUUUUGUCUUGUAAGUUGGAGGUAGAGGACACUGUUUUGAAUUAUGAUUUAAGUGAAGAUGGUGAUAGUUCAGAUACUGAAACAAUGAAAGAAACUGAAGAAGUUAAUAUUAGUAAAGAAAUGAUGAACGCAGAAGUCAAGAAUCAAUUGCUGUGCAUGUUGAAGGAACAAGAGACUGUUUUGAAUUACAAUUUAAGUCAAGGGUGUUGUACUGACAGAGAUACCAUGAAAAAACUUCUACGGAAAAAGAGGAAAAUGACCGCAACGAGCUUGGGGUUUCCGGUGUAUGUAUGCCCCUACGAAGGCUGUGAGAAGGAAUUCAACAGGCCCUGGCGACUUGCUGAGCAUGAACACACGCACACCGGAAAGAGACCUUUUGUAUGCUCUGUGGAAGGAUGUGGCCGUACUUACCUGCGUAAGCAGCACCUUCAACGACACACAACAACUGCACAUCAGGAAACAAAAUCUCAGGAGUAUUUUAAGUGUGAUGUAUGUAAUAAGUUAAUGAAGAAUAGGUACAGUUUUUCCAAACACUGGUAUCGUGCACAUGUACGGCAGAACUACAAGUGUGAAGAAUGUGGACAAGUCUUCCCUAAGCAGCAGCAGUUAAAGAGCCACUCAUUUGUCCAUACAGGCAUUGAGCCUUAUAUGUGUGAAUAUCCAGGCUGUGGAGCACGUUUUAUGCUUCCAAGUAGAUUGAGGCGGCAUGCUUCAGUACAUGUACAAAAUCGUUACGGUUGUCCUAAUGAAUCUUGUAAUGAGACAUUUAAUAUAUAUCACGAUCUUCGAAAGCAUCUUGCUACAAGCCAUCCUAAAGUAUGUGAUGUGUGCGGGAAAGAAUUUAAGCAGUUACGCCAGUUGAAAGCUCACCGUGAGACACACAAAAAAGUGCACAAAGCGUUGCGUAGUUCAGUCAAGGAAUAUGAAAGGUUAGCCAUGCCUACAGUUUCUUCCCCGUCAGAAAAUCUUCCCAGGAUAAAUAACCAGUCUGAUUCAGCUAUAACAGAAGAUACAGAAAAUCUGAAUUCAGAGGUGAUAACAAAUAUUAAAAUAGAAUCACCAGAUGAUCUUGAUAUUACGGUUUAUGAGGGUCUCUGUUAACGUAACUUAUAUCUUGUACAAUCUUCAGAAUCAGUGACUUUCCUGAUAGUAGAGGAAGGCAAAUUGUUGAAGAGGCAGUCAGUGCACCCACGCCAAAAUAGGUGAGGAUGUCAAAAACCAAAUCAGCACUGGGGAGAAUAUGUAAACAGUCUUGGUAAUGGG